UGUUGCAUCAAGACGAUUCUCCUACUCCUGUAGCUUUGUCUGCAACAUCGAGUCUAACCCAUAUACUCUUGCCUUCUGCUCGUGUCAAACUAAUCACCAAGUCAGGGUUAGUUAUAUAUUGCAAGGCUUUAUUAGAUGGUUGUUCACAAGCAUCCUUUACAACACAAAAGAUUGCAGACUUAUUGAAAUUGCCAAUGCAAAAUACUAGGUCUGAAAUUACUGGCAUCAAGAAUGCUAAGCAUGCGAUGGAUAAAUGCAUAAACCUUGACGUGCAUUCUGCUGUUUAUCCAUUCAUAGUAACUGUCACUUGCCAUGUUGUUGAUAAAAUAACAGCAAGAUUGCCACAAAUUCCUAUUGACAUCUCGCACAUCGCAUUGCCUACUAAUUGUAAAUUGGCCGAUGAAGACUUUAAUAAGCCUGGUGAUGUGGAUUUGUUGCUAGAUGCUGGCAUUUUCUUUCAGAUUCUCCUGCCGCAAAUGAAGCUCGAUAAUGGAGAGCAAGCAACUAAACAGCCUAUUGUGACUGCGGGCACUGCAAGUACUCCGGCACCGAGCUUUACAACCUUGAGCGCUGCAGCUUCGAGUAAUUCAGUAGCAUGCGCCGCUACGUCACAAGGACCUACGCUAGUGCAGACACCAUUUGGCGUAAUCAUCGCUGGCCGCACGCAGCUACCUGCAAGAAAUUCUAAUCAGACUGAAGGCGGCUGCAACGGCUCAGUUGAUGGGUUCCUUGCCAGCACCACGUGUCACUGCUUCGCGCGUGUUCCAGAGGGUAGGCCUCGACUUCGCUGGGCCGGUCUCAGUCAAGAACAGCCGCAUCAGAAAAUCAAUAAUUGGAAAGGGAUACAUAGCUCUGUUCGUUUGUUUCACUACAAAGGCCAUACAUCUUGAGCUCUGUAGUGAUUUAACGACCGACUGCUUUCUCGCUUGCUUCAAGCGCUUUAUAGCCUGUCGUAACCUGCCCAGCGAGGUCUUUUGUGAUAAUGCCUCCACCUUUAAGGGUGCAAGGAAUCAAUUAGCUGAGUUGUGUCGCCUGCAUGCUUCUCAAUCCCAUAAACAAGCUGUGACAUCAUUCGCGGCUCAAAAGGGUAUACAAUUUCAUUUUAUUCCUAGCUAUAGUCCGGUAUACCGCCAAUAUAUGGGAAAGCGGAGUCAAGAGUGCAAAGCACCACCUAAAACGUGUCGUAGGCAAAAGUCUCCUUACCUAUGAACAGCUUAAUUCCGUACUUGUUGACAUAGAGGGCGUACUUAACGCACGGCCCAUUACAGCGGUAAGCAAUGAUCA